GCCAUCUUCCAAAAUCUGUUCAACGAAGUGAAAAAGUCUUGGGAUUCUCUCUUUCUUCGCACAUUCUCCUUGUUCAGCUUCUUCACGUACAUAAUCUCUGCUCAUCCGUUCAUCUUAUAUUAUAUAUAUGUGAUUGGUUAAAGUAAGCUGUGUUAAAACACAUUUAUUUUGCUUCCCCUUUCCCUCCCGCCUGUGUGAGAACUUUGGACCCAGGAAAAUGAAGAAAAUUGUGUUGAAGCUGGACUUGCACGAUGACAAAGAAAAACAGAAGGCCCUGAAAGCAGUUUCCAGCCUUAUAGGAAUUGAUUCAAUUGAUAUGAACAUGAAGGAUAAAAAAUUGACAGUCAUUGGCACGGUAGACCCGGUGGAUGUUGUGAGGAAGGUGAGCAAAUGGCACACAGAACUUCUGACCGUUGGGCCUGCAAAAGAGGAGAAGAAAGUUGAGAAGAAGGAUGACGCUAAUAAAACACAACCUCCUCCCGUGCUCACAUACUAUUAUUAUCCGCCACAUCAUGGAGAAGAGUAUCAAAAUAACUGUGUCAUAUGCUGAUUGGUGAGGCCUGAGGAAACAACUGGAAAAUUGAAUGCUUUGUUGUAAAAUUGAAAUCUGUCUGUAAAACCCAUAGCAGAAAACCAUGAGCAGGGGGCCCUCUUGUGUUGAAUUCAUAUCGAUUAUGAAUUAUGCAGGUUAGCACUGGCAAUUGAAAUUCAAUGUUGAGAGGACUAGAGGAAGUGGAUUAUAGGGUAUAGAAAAAAUGAAUAAAGUGAGUUAUGGAAUUAAA